AUGGACAGCGAUUGGAGAUCGACUUUGUCGAAUCAGGAGCGGUCCAAGUAUAUUACAGAACUCGCUCAAAUUUUGGCACAGAUCAGCCGAGUCAAUGGCGGAGACCGUGGGAAUUUCAAUUUGGAAAAACUGAAAAAGACUGCCGAGCAAUUCGAAAAAAGUCUAUAUGCCAGUAGUACGUCCAAGGAUCUGUAUUUGGACUCAAUACGCAAGAGAAUAGCGGCGAUGGAUACUGCACGCAAGAAGGCGAUAGCCAAUGUGCAACAGAGCAUGGCGAAAGCUGCAUCCCAGUCUCAAAACAGUCGAAACAAUUCGACCAUGCAACAACAACAGCACUAUCAGCAGCAGCAACAACAACAACAACAACAACAACAACAACAACAACAACAACAACAACAACAACAACAACAACAACAACAACAACAACAACAACAACAACAACAACAACAACAACAACAACAACAACAACAACAACAACAACAACAACAACAACAACAACAACAACAACAACAACAACAACAACAACAACAACAACAACAACAACAACAACAACAACAACAACAACAACAACAACAACAACAACAACAACAACAACAACAACAACAACAACAACAACAACAACAACAACAACAACAACAACAACAACAACAACAACAACAACAACAACAACAACAACAACAACAACAACAACAACAACAACAACAACAACAACAACAACAACAACAACAACAACAACAACAACAACAACAACAACAACAACAACAACAACAACAACAACAACAACAACAACAACAACAACAACAACAACAACAACAACAACAACAACAACAACAACAACAACAACAACAACAACAACAACAACAACAACAACAACAACAACAACAACAACAACAACAACAACAACAACAACAACAACAACAACAACAACAACAACAACAACAACAACAACAACAACAACAACAACAACAACAACAACAACAACAACAACAACAACAACAGCAGCAGCAGCAGCAGCAGCAGCAAAGAUCUUCUCAGUACCCCUCCUCCAACAAUAACAUCAAUUCUCAGAUGUUCUUCAAUCAACAGGCUCAAUUAAGGCAGCAGGCCGCACAGCAGCUUCGAAGCGGCGCAGCUCCGAAUGGACCUGUUCCUAAUGCACCCGUGAGGCCACAACUCACCCCACAGCAACAGCAAUUAAUUAAUGAGAUGAAAGGUGCCGAGAUUCCACGCGAACUGCUUCAAAGAAUCCCGAACUUACCACCUGGUGUCAACACUUGGCAAAAGGUUACGGAACUUGCACAGCAGAAAAGACUGGGCCCAAAAGAUUUGCAAAUCGCGAAACAGGUUUACCAGAUGCAUCAGCAGAUUGUGUUCAAGUCUAAGCUUCAGCAAACGAACACCAACAAUCGUGGAGCUCAGCAGGCCAGACCUCCAACUCAAACUCCGAGUAUGGCACAGUUGCCGCAAAAUCAACGUCCAAUGAUGAGUCAGACUACCAUUCAACAACAUAGCCCUCAGCAGCGGCAAUCUCAAUUGCAGCAGUCUCAGCAGCAGCAACAACAACAACAACAGCAGCAGCAGCAGCAGCAGCAGCAGCAGCAGCAACAGCAACAACAGCAAUCGCAUCCUCAGCAGCCCCCACUGCAACAGCAAAUGCAGAUGAAUCAAGCUCAGUCACAGCCGAUGCGAAUGAAUCAAGCUCAACAACAGCCGGCUCAAGAAGUACCUAACGUACUCAACAGGUUGAAUCAAAUCUUCACGCCAGCUGAACAGAAAGCUUUAUAUGAGAACGGCAAGAAACUGAUUGCAGACUUACAGAGGACAAAUAGACUUCCGUCAGUGCUAACCCCCCAGCAGCAGGCUGUUUAUAUAAAAAAGUACAUCAACCAGAUGGCUUUGAAAAAACUCCAAGCUGCAAGAAAUCAAAUGAAUAACGCAAAUGCCGCUCCCCAACAGCAGGCUGCGCCGCCGCCAAUGGAAGCCGCACCUGUCCCUCAAAUGAGUCAGUUUUCAUCAAAUGGAGCUAGUAACAAUGCCCCAGUCCCGGCAAAUAUAGCACAGGGAAGGCCAUAUGGGGGUACUAGCGUUUCCAACACGAAUAAUAACUUCAAUGAUGUUGGCCCUGUUUCAAAUGCUCAAGCAUCAGGAACCCCUAAUUCUACACCCCAUGUACCAACGGCUGCGCCUCAAGGCCCACAGCAGCCAAGGUUUUCUUUACCUCGUCCAACAGAGCAAGAUCUGAUGGUGCUUCGCAGAAUUUCUGCCGAGAUUCAGAAGUCUCACCUAAGGUUAUCGAACAUCACAAAUCAGAUUUCCCAAGAACAGAAGCAGUCGAUCAGAAAUAAGCUUCAGUUAAAUCGUCAACUGUUCACAAAUGUCGACAGCUUCAUACCUACUCUCUACAUGAUAACUAGGAAUGAAGAAAACGUGAGGCAGUUACUUCAAAUAAGAAUGCUGGCAAGAGAAAUAACUGAGCACGCUUCAAGAGGGGUCUUCAUCGUACCGCCUGAGGUAGUUGAUAAGGUGAUCUUCCGCUACCAAAAGUACUAUGAGUUUAUCAAGGAUCAGGUUUUGAGAAGGCACCAGCAAAUUAUCGCUGCAAGGCAACAACAACAGCAGCAGCAGCAGCAGCAGCAACCUCAAGCACAGCCACAACAGCAGCCCCAGCAACAGCAACUAGAGAACCAACCGCUGCCUGUAAACCCUGCGGAUCCAACCUUCAAUCAGCAGCGUAUCCAGGGCUCUUUUCAGCAGAUCCAGCAGCAAAUGCAGAUGAGACAACAGCAACAGCAGAAGAGUCAACCCACUGCACAGGUGAAUAACUGGUCAAGGCCUGUUAGCGGGAAUGGAAUGGAUGCGGAUCCCAACUUGCCGCCUCAGACCGCACCGGAGAAUAUUCGCUCAGGCUCCGCUGGCAUGGAGUUCCUCAACUCUCCUGAGUUUCUAAAUGCUAAAUCGUCACCCCAACAAACUGGUUUAUCGCCGGCAAAGAAGCAGGCUCAAAUGAGGAAAAAGAUGGCUAUGAAACAAGUCUCGACACCGGUACCUGCUGCCACGAUUUCUAGCGACAUCCCUAAUUUGGCUAUCGGGGGUGGAAUUUCUAACUCCAGCAGAGGCAAUACGCCCAACAUGGCAGCGGCUGUAACGACAAGCUUAUCACCUAUGGUGAACAAGAUUGCUAGCAACAAUGCUAGUCCUUCGCCGAAAUCUCUUGCUGUUGGUGCGCAACCCAAUCCUGCCCCAGUUAACUUUCCAUACAAAGAGGAUGAGGACAAUUCUAAAAGAAUGGUGAUUCGCAAAAACGAGAUUAUCUCGAGGUUCAAACGCAGGCAAGACAUUCUUCGCUAUUCGCCGGCAGAUUUAUUUUUGAGCUCACUGGGUGAUUGCCUAGGUGUUAGCGAAGAUUUGAUUGAGCUCUUGAAUCCUAUCCCACGGGAGGUUGUAGAACAGGUUAAUGGUGCAGGAAAGAAGAAGACGGCCAAAACUUCUGCUUUGUGGGGGAAAGAACAGGACUACGCUAACGUAUCCAUCAAAGAUAACAAAAUCAUGUUCGCACCAAAUCCAGCGCUAUCUUUUUAUAAGAGUAAUCCCUUUGCGAUAAAACUUGAUGAUGUUUUCAGCGUUUUCAAGGACGUUUACGGCUCUUCGCAUAUAUCUGAUUUCUCAUUCGAUGUAAAGAAGGUUGAACUUGAAAGUGGUGGCUUGAAAAGAAAGGCGGCUGACUUGGAUAGCAGCCCAAAUAUAUCACCCGCAUCAACGACAAUAAUGAGUGAUUCUAAAAAGAUCAAGCUUGACUCACCAGAGGACCUUUAUUUUACAGUCCCUGGUGAUGAUAUCAAAAAAGAGAUUUCAAAAGACGUUACCGCUCAAGACACCACGGAGAACAACAUAUGGCAGUGGAAUUCAUGGGAAGCUGCUGCUUAG